UCGCAGAUCACGUUGUUAGGAGAACAGAGAGUGAUUUUCUGCUGCACUACGUCCACAGACGCCUUUUCUUGACGUCAGGAGAAGCGAACCAGCGCUGCGCACAAGCAGCACAGCAACCACAUCGCUCCCAGAGGGAAGGAGAAACACAUCACAACUACUGAGCAUCAUUUAGCUGUAGUGUGGCAAACUCGAUUAGCAUUGUAGGAUGCCUCUUGGGGAGGAUGGAAAUGGAUGGAAAAAGAAGACGUCAGACAUCAAAGAACACUAUGACUUCAAAGAAGUGCUGGGAACCGGCGCGUUCUCUGAGGUGGUUCUAGCCGAGGAGAAGAGGACCCAGAGGCUGGUGGCCAUCAAGUGCAUCCCCAAGAAAGCACUGGAAGGCAAAGAGAACAACAUUGAAAAUGAGAUCGCCGUACUACACAGAAUCAAGCAUCCCAAUAUCGUUUCACUGGAGGACAUCUUUGAAAGUACAUCUCACCUAUACCUGGUCAUGCAGCUUGUGUCAGGAGGCGAGCUGUUUGACAGGAUUGUGGAGAAAGGUUUUUACACGGAGAGAGAUGCCAGUCAGCUCAUCCACCAGAUCCUGGAUGCAGUGAAAUACCUCCACGACAUGGGCAUCGUCCACAGAGACUUGAAGCCAGAGAACCUGCUGUAUUACAGUAUGGACGAAGACUCCAAGAUCAUGAUCAGUGAUUUUGGACUUUCAAAGAUCGAGGGAUCCGGCAGCGUCAUGUCCACGGCCUGCGGCACCCCCGGAUAUGUGGCUCCGGAGGUGCUCGCCCAGAAGCCGUACAGCAAAGCAGUGGAUUGCUGGUCCAUAGGAGUUAUUUCCUAUAUUCUAUUAUGCGGGUAUCCUCCGUUUUACGAUGAAAACGAUGCAAAGUUAUUUGAGCAGAUUCUGAAAGCAGAGUACGAGUUUGACUCCCCGUACUGGGACGACAUCUCAGACUCAGCCAAAGACUUCAUCUGUCACCUGAUGGAGAAAGACCCUCAGAAGAGAUACACAUGUGAACAGGCACUCCAGCAUCCAUGGAUCUGUGGAGACACGGCUCUGGACAAGAAUAUCCACGAAUCUGUCAGCGCUCAGAUCAAGAAGAACUUCGCCAAAAGUAAAUGGAAGCAAGCGUUUAAUGCCACAGCGGUGGUGCGCCACAUGCGGAGGCUGCAGCUGGGCACGAGUCUUGAGGGACCCAGUCAGAUCACUCCCACCAGUCCCUGCCAUGGACAUCUGCUCCCAGAGGAAGAGGAGGAGGACGAGGAGGAGGAUUUGGGCAACGGGGAGGAAGAGAGCUUGUCCCACUAUGAGGACGGCCGCCGCGGAAGCAAUGAGGGUAGCACAGAUCGGGACAGCCUGAGGAGCUGCACCUACUGCUGCAGGCCAGCCAGUCGUGUCUGAGCACACAAACCUCCCAUCGUCAUGGUGACACUGUAUCCCCCCCCCCCCUCCGGAGCGCCCAGAGCCCACCCCGCCCAGUCUGGCCAGGAAUGCAGAGUAGUUAUCAGGCAGCGUCCAUCGAUCAGAGUCCGUCCGCAGUGAGCAGGUCACUUUUUUGGGGGUGCGGACAAACGCACUGCAGGUCUUUGUCCAGAAUAAGGACAGUGUCCCCAGAUACCACGUCGUCGUCGUCACUCAGCAACUUGCUCAAAACCCGGGGUCUCUCCUCACAUUAUCCGUCACGUCUACCUCUGUCAUCACCCUCACUGCAUUACUGGCAGCUCUCUGUCAAACAAAUAAUCUGGCCGGAUUAGACACAAAGAGGAGGGAAACGAUUUCCCGAUUACUCCUGCAUGUCUCUCCGCUCGUCACCCCUCCAAAUAUGACUCAUGGCAGCACUGACUAAGUCACUAUUUAACAAAUGACUGCCAUGUUAACCUGAUCCCUCAUGAUGAAGUGUUGCAGUAUUUCCUGUCCCUCUGUUUUUUUUGGUGUCAGGAGACACUUGAAAGUGGUGCAGUGUUGUUGUUGUUGUUGUUGUUGUUGUUGUUGGGGCGAUGGACUCUAUAUUCUGGCUCAGACUGGGUUUGUGAAGAGUGCUUCUGACCGGGUAGCACCUGCAUGCUCUCCUUUCCUUUCGAGGAAAAAACACAAGUGUAUGAAUAUGAAAAGGAGACUUUUUUUGUUUUUGUUUUUGUUUUUGUUCCCCCCGCCCCCGCCCCCUCCAUGGCUGUUCUGUUAGCAGAGGCUCAAACUGAGAUCCCUGUUAGUUUGUAACGUGUAAGAAUCUUACUUUGCUGCCUGGACAAGGAGAGUUAUUGCCACGAUUGGGAAGACGAGCGAUGGCGCUAACGUCAGACCCUCAUCCUCAACCCCCUUGUUCCGUUUCUGACGAGUGUCUAAAACACCGGCACAGAUCUGUACGUCUCACACCGAGUCAGGCGGGAUCUCAGUCUGGGAGCUCCGCCCGCUCUGUGCUGUGCACCUCUAAGUGGAAGAAGUUUUGGUCUAUACUGUUUGCAUGAUCUGGUUAAAUAUGUUUACAUGAAUGAUGAUGAUCAAUUAGUAUAAACACAUAUGAUUAUAAUUCUUAUUCUUAUUCUUAUUCUUAUUAUUAUUAUCGUUGUAUUGAAGAAAAAAAAAAAAGAUGUAAUACUGUAAUAUUGAGCUAUUAUAAUGUGAAGUGACUUACACCAGAAAUGUAACGUUGUUGACAAAGUGCAACACAGCACAGUGGACUGUUUUUGAGUCUCUUCAUGUCAGUGACAUGUCUCCUGUACUCUGUGCAUUGAUAACUCAGAUGUUUCUUCUUUUUAGUUUAUGGAUUUUUAUUAUUAUUAUUUUUUUUUUUUUUAAAACUACACAUUCCCGUCUUGACGCCCAGUCACACGUAGUAAAAGAAGUAAAUGGAAAUAAGACAUUUAAUCCCAGUUAAUCCAGCGUCCAAUGCCCCUCGAGUAAAAGCACUCUAAGUACUAAAAGCCAUACAAUACAAGAGACGGGGGGAGAUGUCUCCCUGUCCUCGUUUGAAUUUGCGACUAAAGGGUUCUUGCAUGAGACUCGGACAUAAUUAACUCAACCAGCGAAAUGUACUUUAAUCCUAAUAUCAAACCGCACCAUCGCUGAUGAAGGCAUGUCACACGAUAACUGUAUUAUGACGUAGCGGUAGAGAAUCCAUGCAUGUUUUUUGUUUUUUUGUGAAAUUCCCCCCCAAUCAGCCGUCGAUACGAACAGGUCCAUAGUGCAGGAAAAAGAGGGCAAAAUCAUCACUCGGGAUUUUUCGUGGAAAAUAUGCAAAACUGUGUGUGAAGGGCUUCAUGUUCACCGUCAGCUUUGAUAAAAAAAAAACCUGCCUCUAAUUUAUCGCUUCGGUAAAUGACCUUGUGUUGAAUCUUACGCGGGGAUUUGUUUCCACAGAUGAGUGUCGUCUUUGUUGUUGUUGUUUUUUUUUCCUUUCUAUUUGACCACAUCUAAAUGCAUUAAGAAAACACAUGUAUAUUAUAUAUAUAUAAAUAUAUAUAUAAAUAUAAAUAUAAGUAUAUAUUGUAUAUCCUUUUUUGUAAAAGCUGUUUUGAGCUACAAACGUAUGGAUGCAAUGCAUCAUGGGUUACUGGACACGGUGUAAGAAAAUACAAUGAUUUGUACCCACAGAGAUAUGAUUGCAGGAAAUUAAAUAAAACUUCCUUGUCUAUG